AUGAAAAGCAAUCAGAACGGUUUUUGACACAAGGUGCAUUUUUCAGAUUUCCCCAGGUUUCAGGGAUCCAGAUUGGCUUUGAUCCCAAUGAAAAACCUGGCCACAGAGUCAUCGCUAAGACAGUGAAGGUUCAAGGCAAGAGUCUAGAUAGAGACAGAAAGUAUGCAGUGGCCAUGAAAUAAUUCUUAACAAAGGUAGGGUAUAGUCUUCAGGUUCAUAUUAGCACACAGCCACUGCUAUAGCAUUGUACACUUUCUCUACGUUAUAUAGAACAAGUAAAGUCAUCCAUUAGUUAGCGGCGGAGGAUGCAUUGUUAUUAAGUGGACAGGUAAAACUGUCUCCUCACAGCAGUAUAGUAAGCAGCCAUGUUGGCUUCAGAGCAAAGGAAACAUUGACAAUAUUCUCCUUUUUAUCCUCUCUUGUUUUGUCUUCAGGGCAAAGAUGGCUACACCAUGUUCAGUAGCUGUCCUCAUAGGAACGACAUAGAGAACGCUCAGAUCCUGUCGACCAUCCUCAUCAACCACUUUGAGUCUGGGCAUGAAGAGGUGCAUGUCUGGCCACAGGAUGGGCCUCAUCAAGGUGUCCAGCAGCCCCUCUGUGUCUGGUGA